AUGGACAUUAUACCGGUCAGCGCUGGUGAUCUAAACCAAAAACGUACAGCGAAUGAGUGGGCCGAUAUUCAACAAUUCGAAUGUGAAGGUAUUUUAUACUCGACUUUUUGCUCUCAUGAGGAUUAUGGUGAUCAUGAACCACCGCUUCAUUCGAAUAAAAUAACAAAUCCUGGAAACUUUUAUGACAAUGGAGACCACUAA